ACUCAAACUUUUUAGGCCACUCCUUUUUUAUUAUUUAUUAUUUUUUUUGGCUCUUGUCCCUUUUCUCCCUUGGUACAAGGGACAUAGGGGACACAGGGGGAUAACGGCGGCAACUGCUAAUGCAGCAUUGUGGGUCAUCUGUUUUCGCUCAACACAACCCGCGACCCGCCUAGACCCACCUAGGUAUCCCUGUCCGACGGUUACCGUGCACAACGCGUAAGGGAAAUACUGUACAAUACCUACCAGGUACUACCUAGGGUAGCCAAAAGUCUAAAUCGUACCUACUCGUACCUACUCCGUUGUCUACCUGGUCUCUGCUACAGUAACAAAUUCCACUGUACCUUGGUCACUAGGAAAGGAAGAAAAAAAAAAAAAGACUGUGCUCCCCUUCCCAUGUCACUCUCUUUCCCAUUAGUCACGAGACAAUAAAUAAAGCCCGGCAGAAGCAGCUGUGCUUCCAUUUGACUUUUUUCCCUUCCCACCCUUCCUGUCGUACUCGACUUCAAAUCCAAGUUUCCUUAUUCUUCCCCUUCCACUUCCAUUUCAAGCACCUCCAAAGAAGACUCCUCCGAGAGACAUCGAAGUGUCAUUUUAUAAUACUACUACUCUAUACCAACAGAGUAGUUUCUUCAUUAUUUAAUUUCCUCUUUCUAGUGAUACCCAAUUUUUCCUUUUAGACAAUCAAAAUGGCAGAGGAACAGAAGCCCGUCGAAGUCGCCGAGACUACCCCUGUCGUCGUCGAGCCCGUUGCUGAGGUGAAGCCUGUCGAAGACAAGCCUGCCGAGAGUGCGCCUGCUGCUGAGGCUACCACUGCUGAGGCACCCGCAGAGACCGCCGAGACUACUGAAGCUGCCGCUCCUGCUGAGGAGGCUAAGAAGGAGGAAGUGAAGCCUAUUGAGGCCGGUACCUUGGAACACAAGGGUGCUCCUGCCAACUUCCCUAAGAACUUAAUCUACUCUAAGCAGCACUUCUGGUUUGGCGCCGACGCCAUUCCCAAGGACAAGCUCGCCACAUACCUCAAGAACGAGAAGGCUACUGAGGUUGCCCACCACGUUACUGCCUGGGCUGCUGAGACAGGAAAGGGUCUCUUCUUCUACGGCAAGGAGAGCGACAAGACCACCCCCCACGGUGCUAUCCAACUGGCUGAGGCUUCUGAGCCCGUCACUGAGGGUGCUACUAAGUUCUCUUUCACUGCCAAGGGCCACAAGCAUGCCUUCAAGGCCCCCACUGCCGCUGAACGUGACAGCUGGGUUGAGCAAUUGAAGCUUAAGAUUGCCGAGGCCAAGGAGAUUGCCGCCACUAUCGCUGAGAGUGAAGCCUACAAGCAGACUAUUGAGAGCCUAAAGCCCACCAAGGAGGUCCCCAAGGAGGAGAAGCCUGCCGAAGCCGAGCCUUCCAAGGAGGAAGCUAAGGAAGAGCCUAAGGAAGAAGACAAGAAGGAAGAGCCCAAGGAGGAGGACAAGAAGGAAGAAAAGAAGGAGGAUGGCAAGGACUCCAAGCGCCGAUCUGCCAGCCGAAAGCGUGCAUCUAUCUUCGGUAACCUCCUUGGCAAGAAGGAGGAGACCAAGAAGGAGACUGAAGAUAAGCCCGCUGAGGACAAGCCCGCUGAGAUCGCUGAGGAUGCUGAGCCUGCUGCUGAGGCCGAUGCCCCCGCAGUUGAGGUUCCCACUAUCGAGACGCCAGCUGCUACAGAGGAAGUCAAGAAGGAGGAGCCCGCCAAGCCCACUCCUACCAAGCGUGCCAGUCUUUUCGGUGGUCUUUCUUUCGGAAAGAAGAAGGUCGAGCCUGAGUCCGCUCCUGCAACUCCCGUUAAGGAUGCCCCUGCCGAUGCCCCUGUCGCUGAGACAGCACCUGUGAUCCCUGCUGUCGAGACUACUGAGCCCCUCUCUACAGAUGUUGCCUCUCCUGCUACUGCCCCCACUGAGACAACUGAUGCUACUCCUGCCACCAACGGUGAGACCAAGGAGAAGGUUGAGAAGCGCAAGUCUUCCCUACCAUUCGGCUUCGGCAAGAAGGACAAGGCUGCUUCUUCUGACGAGGAGGGUGAGAAAGUCAAGUCUCCCCCUUUCUUCUCUAAGCUCCGCCAGACCGUGAAGGGCAAGAAGACUGAGAAGCCUGUUGCCGAGGAGCCCAAGGCUGAAGACAGCAAACCCGCUGAUGUUGCCGAGGAGGCUGAGCCCGCUAAGGAGGCCGAAUCUGCCGCUGCCGCCCCUGUUGCUACUGAGGAGACUCCCGCGGAGAAGCCUGCUGAGUCUACCCCUGCUCCCGUCACCGCUGCCGCAUAGAGUGCGCGCCGCUUUGGCCUAAGGGUCAACAUUUAAUAAUGUUUUCG